CCGUCAAACAAUAAUUCGUCAUUUCACCUGUUUACCAUUUCUGGCCCCCCUCCUUCUCUCUCUCUCUUCUGGUACGCGUUUCGCUGCUUCCUCUGUUUCCGGUCUGAACCAACCAACCCCUUCUUCUCCGAGUUUUCGCUUUCCUCUGGUGGGGAAAAAGGUUAUCUUUGAAGAUAAGCAUUGCCCGAGAUUCAAUCUUCGAAGCACACGAGCUCCCGCGGAUAGCUUCCGGAGUUCCGGAGGGCCUCCCCCUUCCAUUUCAUGGAGCGGGGGCGAGAGGGAGGCCACCACCGCCACCGCCACCACCACCACCUGGGACACUCUAGCUCCCCCGCGAUUAUCUGAUACUUGGUCGGACGACGGGCUGAUUCCGAUGCCGUCGGAGAUCGAGCAGUGCAUUGGGGGUGCGGCGUCGGCGGCGGCUGCCGAGGAGGUCGUGCUGCCGGCGGUGAACCUGAUGGGCAAGUAUGAGAUGGGGCGGCUGCUGGGUCGGGGCGCGUUCGCGAAGGUGUACUACGCGCGGAACGUGAGGACGGGGCAGGGCGUGGCGAUCAAGGCGGUGAGCAAGCAGAAGGUGGUGAAGGGGGGGUUCAUGGCUCACGUCAAGCGGGAGGUCGCUAUCAUGCGCCGCCUGCGCCACCCGAACAUCGUCCGCCUCUUCGAGGUGCUCGCGACGCGGACGAAGAUCUACUUCGUCAUGGAGUUCGCCAAGGGCGGGGAGCUCUUCGCCAAGGUCGCCAAGGGCCGGUUCAGCGAGGACCUCUGCCGCCGCUACUUCCAGCAGCUCGUCUCCGCAGUCGGGUACUGCCACUCCCGCGGCGUCUUCCACCGCGACCUCAAGCCCGAGAACCUCCUGCUCGAUGAGAACUGGGGCCUCCGCGUGUCGGAUUUCGGGCUCAGCGCCGUCCGCGACCAGGUCCGCGCCGACGGCCUCCUCCACACCCUCUGCGGCACGCCCGCCUACGUCGCGCCUGAGAUCCUCGCCAAGCGGGGUUACGACGGCGCCAGGGUCGACGUCUGGUCCUGCGGCGUCAUCCUCUUCGUCCUUAACGCCGGCUACCUCCCCUUCAACGACCCCAACCUCAUGGUCAUGUACCGGAAGAUCUACAAGGGCGAGUUCAGGUGCCCCAAAUGGACGUCCCCGGAGCUCCGGCGGUUCCUCUCGCGCCUCCUGGACACGAACCCGGAGACCCGGAUCACCGUCGACGAGAUCCUGAGCGACCCGUGGUUUCGAAAGGAGUACAAGGAGAUCAAGUUCACCGAGGAAGACGAUUUCGACGCCAAGGACUUUCUCGAGGACGGAAACAGCGCGAACAAGUACUUGAACGCGUUCGACAUCAUCUCCUUCUCCUCCGGCUUCGACCUCUCCGGCCUGAUCUGCGACUCCGGGGAGCCGGUCCGGUCGGAGCGGUUCGCGUCCGCGGAGGCGCCGGAGAGGGUCCUCGAGAGGGUGGAGCAGGUCGCCGCCGGCGAGGAGGGCGUGAGCGUGGCGCGGGGGAAGGGGCACGUGCUGCGGGUCGAGGGGCGGAGCGGCGAGCUCGUCGCGGCGGUGAGGGUCCGCCGGCUGACGGCGGACCUGCUGGUGGUGGAGGUCAAGUGGGGGGAUGUAUCUGGCCGGGGGAUUUGGAAAGAUAAGCUCAGGCCUCAGCUGGAUGACUUGGUUUACCAACCGGGCGAGCCGGUCUCCGGCGACUCGUGACGCGUUCUUUUCAAUUCACUGAAGGGAUAAUUAUUCUGUAAUCCCCGGGUUUUUUGUAUAGUUUUAUUUUUACCCGGAAAUAUCUAAUAUUCGCCAGAAAAAUUUCCCUGAAA